UGCUGCAGCUGAUUUUCCGGUCUGUUCCCCGAUGGUCCGUUCUCUGGUAAAAUGGCAGAGGUCGGACCGAGGCUGGGCGGCGGAGUUUACCGACUGUCCGCCCUGAGGAACAGCCACAGUCGACCCGUGAUCACCGGCGACAGCCCCGGGUCUCUGCUGGUGAACUGCACCGUCAGUGAGAGCCGGGUUAAGGAGGAGUCAGACCGGGAUCAACGUGAGGAUCAGCCGGUGUCAGAGAGUAGAGCUGCACAACACCGAUCAGAGAGAGUUCACAGAGGGAGAAGAAGUCAACAGCAGCAGGAUGACAGACGUUUGCUUUGUCCGAUGUCUUUGCAGCUGGAUUCAUCACGUUUUUUUGGGUUUGUUCAUACAAGAGUGAGGCUGCAGGCUCAGAACUCAACCCUGCACCACCUUGCAGGACCACAUCCUCUCCUGCGGGAGAAGCUGCUGCCCUGUAGGAUGACCCCCUGGACUAGAGGAGCUGUCUCCACCCUUCCUGACACCUUCAGGUCUCAUCAGCAGCUCCGAGCUCUCUGCACUGUCAUCUUCAUCCUGGCGGAGCAGGAAUCAGAGAGGCCGGGCUGUGCACAGAGACUGAGACGACUGAAACCACAACCUGAUCCGUGCACAGCAACUAGGAACUACAGCUGGAGGAGUGACAGGAGCUCCAAGGAUGCUCCUCUGCACAGAAGCAGGACGGCCUAUUACGAUAUCCUCAGAGUGACCCCUGGUGCCACGCAGUCCCAGAUCAAGACGGCCUACUACAAGCAGUCCUUCGUUUACCAUCCCGACAGGAACCAGGGGAACAAGGAGGCCACCCAGCGCUUCUCUGAGAUCAGCGAGGCUUACACCGUGCUGGGCAACAUCACCCUGAGGAGGAAGUACGACCAGGGCCUACUGAACCAGGCAGACGUCCAAAGCGCAGGGAGACCAUCCUCCAAAGAGGCCACAGGCAGAUCCACAGCCCCCCCACAGCAGAGGAACUCAGACAGAGCCAGAAGGUUCUCCCAGGCCACAGGGAAGACCAUGUUUGAUUUUGACGCCUUUUAUCAGGCUCACUACGGGGAGCAGCUGCAGAGAGAGAAGGACAUGAGAGCCAGGAAGGAGCGCAUGAAGGAGAAGCAGAGGCAGAAUCUGGGCAGGUGGAGGCAGGGGAAGAUUAUGGAGAUGACUGUAGUGAUGCUGCUGGCACUGGCAGGGGUGUUAUUUGUGAAUGUCAGCAGGCCCUGAAAUACAAGCAGCGAGCGGACGUUGCCCUCUGGGGUUACAUGUUAUGACUCAGGGGGGAAGAGCUGGAGGGGGCUACCGCUGACUUUUUGCUUGUGUUGCACAGUUUCUGAUGCUGGAUGAGGAUUAUGUUGCAGGAGGAAAUGGAGGCUGGCUCUCUGAAGCUACUCGCUCACAAAAUGUAUCGCAACAAGCUCAAUGUAUUAAAGUUCACAACUUGUCAAGUGUGUCUAAAAAAAAUAGUCAGGUGCUGACAUGAACACAAAUAGGUUUUCAAACUGUCAUCAUUCCUCCUGUUCACUCCGGCCAUUUAGAGGUCCCCUCCUGAUGUGCUUUUAUUUGAAGUUUUUGCAACAAAUAUGAGGCUGCAGCAGUUUGUGUUGGACAAAUCAACUGGUUACAGGUCUUUUUGUUGAAUACAGAAUUCACUCUUUGUUUUUAUAUGUUCACUGAAGCUCAGUAUGUAAACAACCCAGAGAAACAAAAGUAUGACUGUCAAAGUUAUAAUUUGAUGUGUAACACAACCUGCCAGAGCCCCAUACAGUUGUCAGAUAAACACAGAAUAAGAACUGUGGGUUGUAUCUUCCAUCACUUACAUGCAAAAGGAUAGGAUACAAAAAGUGUAAACACAUUUUACAAACACAAACACUUACCUAGAAAUGUAUGAUUAAUAAAAACAAAAUAACAAAAACAAGUGGAAAUUGGAAAUCUGCAGAUCACAUAGCAAGAUGUGAAAUUAUUUAUUCCUGCGUUGAUUUAAGCAUGUAGCUUUUUCAAAUGCACCCUCUGAAAGGUUGAUAAGAGAUUAUAUUGAAUACAUCUUUUAAACAUUUUAUUAUAAAACUGGUAAACACUGCUGCAACCUCUGCUGGAAAAAGUUGCAUAUUUAGAGAGUUGUGUCAUCAACUACUGUUCUAAAAGUUACAAUGUAAACCCUUUUUGUUUUUGGACAGCUUAAAUAGAUGUGGUGAUACUGAUGCAAGUUCAGGGCGUCUCAUUCGGCUGCUAAUAGAUUAACGCAGGUUAUUUKUGUCCAGCUUCUCUGAAAACCUGACAGUUUUGAGACCA